AUGAAAGCUAGCGUUCCUAUAAAUCUUCUCCUUGCUUUUGUCAUUUGUUCGAAUUUACUUUUCUUUGUAUGUAGCUGUACUAAAGAACCUUUUGAGAAUGUUUACUGCAAUCUUGAAGAUAUUUUCGCUGACUUUAUUCGCAGCUUACCUCAAAAUGCUUUUAACCAAAAAUAUUUGGAUAUCUACAACGAUCAAGUUAAGAUAAUGAUUAAGCUCUUUGAUUUUCUAAAAAAAUAUUUUUCGAUAUCCGGAUUAAGUAAGCUGUCUCGAGUAAAACAAGCCAACUUUGGUAUUUUCAAGUUAAUCUCCGAGAUUCAGAAUGAUCCAAAUAAUUGUCAAAUGGAAAAGGCUUCCGAGCUAUCAAAGCAGAUUACUCAAGUAAUUAAUAUGAUAAAACAUCAGAAGGAUGAAAUUAGAAUGAAAAAACAUGAAACUGGCCUAAUCGACGAUGAUUUCAAUUUUUUUAAAACAAUCCACGAUUAUAUCCAGGAAAUUGAAGUUAACUUGAGUCGUUCAAGUGAGUUUCUUGAAAAUAUUAUUCAAGAUCAGGGCUCUUCGACAUUAGAUCCUUCUUGGAUCGUUUGUGAACAUUCAGAGGUUCAGGGCAAUUACAUCCUUGUUAAUGCAGACAAUGCUCGAGAACUUAAUGACGAGGAAUGCACUCCUCCAAAGAUAAUUCAUAAACCUAAAAAAAGAGAAUUCUCGAUACUUUAUGGCAUACAACAAAAUCAAUUUUUUUUGAAUGAAAUUUUUUUGAAAUUUGGGUUUCUUUUCGACCUUAAAAGGUCGAAAAGAAACCCAAAAGAUGCUUUCAAAGAAAAUCUUAAAAUUGUGGUUCCUGAGUUAAUAAAAGUAAUUGAAGAUGAAAUCAAAGAACAACAUAAGCAAGCAAAGAUACUAGAAAAUUGGAAAGAAGAGCUUUCUGAAAAAAAUCGCAUACCGUAG